UCAAUACGAACGCACCUAAACCUCUCAGGAAGAGCAGCAACGUCAACAAGGGUAAGGCGAAGGAACUCGGUAACAACCAGGUGUUGCUUCCGUCCUCGUCUCCAGUCACUCCCGACACCACAUCGUGUGUAAGUGGUUUUUCGCAGAUUUGCGAGUUCGUUCCCGACACUCGGCCGAAGUUUGUGAGUUUGGGAUGUAUCCCCGAUGGCUCGGGAAGAGAUUCGUCGCCGAAGUAUAUUAUGGAAACACCAGAUGGAAGAAAGGAGUGGAUAACAUUCGUGCAGAAGUGGAUGAAGAAUAACUCUCGGCCUCCCUUGGACUUGAAACAGCCCAGUGUCGAUUCGUUCCUGAGCGUGAAUGCUACGUGGGACAACUCUAUCGAAGACCAGAUACAGUCCUGGUCUCGUAUACAGGAGGAGUCAGACCUGGUACCUGCAAAGCCAACAUCGCCGCGUUUCGACCGCCCGCCACCUCUACGCCUGGGGAUGCUUCCUCCGUUCAAAGUGCCACCUCGAUCAAUGACUGUCGGGAGCUACCUGCCUACUCCUGCCGAGUCAGUGUCUUCUACAGAUGAUGACAGUACAUCAGAGGGCCCACAGCAUGGCCGUAAUACAUCUUUCGUCGGUUCAGCUCGUGAUCGGCGUCCAGCACUGUUUGGAAAGAAGAGUCUCCCCGACCUCCGUGCAGCCAACGUGAGUGAUGGUGUCGACAAGCAGGCUAUCAGGGGGGCAGACAAAGGAGUGGUCUCACCUGAUCCACAGUUGCAGUACAAGCUUUCCAUGCCCUCACCUCUCUCACACCGUCAAGACUCAUCAUCAUCUUCUGACGGUUCUUCGCAUUUCAAAAGCCGUAAGGCCUACACUCAAACACCUCCUACAUCUGCAUCUGCAACCUCUGGCGAUCCUCCGUGGCCAGUUCCCGAAGUCGAACGACAUGCAUACUUCAAACGUCUCUCUGCGCUUCCUGCCAAUGUGCGCACGGUCGCUGUUUUUCUCUGUUUCGCAGGUGUAUCAGGCACUUUCAUAUUACACCACUUACACCAACGACCGGCUACUCUCAUCUGUACUGAAGAAAGUCACUGACCCAGCGUUUACUUACAUGAUGCAGUUGAACGGUGCCCUCGAUCGGUCUGACGCCAUUUGGAAGAAAACGACACCCCCUCCUUCACUCUGCAGUGCCGAGCGCUUGUGGAAAGCAAUAGAGACACCGCGGCCAUGUUUGGCAAAGCUAUUGGGAUGAUGUCAC